GUUGCUCGUUCGUUCGACAACUGCGAACUGACUCCGGAAUAUUAACUUAUCUUUCCUUACCUCGUAAUUUCCUUCACCCGCGAGUAUUGAAUUUUCACAAUUACAGAAUCAAAACAUGACGUCACGCAUUCCAGCUUAACUAUUAAAAAUUUAUUAUAUAACUUCGAAAUUCUAAGUACAACCGAGCAACAAGAAGAGGAAGAGGAAAAAAAUAAAAAAUAAAAACAAUUUAUCUGUGAACAAUUUUCUUCAUAAGAUUUUCUCACAUUAAGCAAUAAAUGUUUUAUUUCUUUACAAAUUAUUUUUUAAUUUUUGCACAUGUUAUCUGUUUCACUAGAAAAUAUGGCAUUGCUAUGUGAAACUUUCGCAAUAAUUCUUUGAUAGUAAAACAUAAAAAUAAACUGAAUUAUACAUUGUGAAUUUUACAAUCGAUAUAAAAUCAUUGUGCAACUAUUAUGUACUGUAGCUUCCGUUAACUUGUAAAGUCCAAAAGAAUAAUCAAGCAAAGCACUGCUGUACGCCUGAUAAUUCGAACUUAUUGUGUUUUUUUCUUUCUUCUUUAAGAAAUAAUUAUUUUUUAUUAGCAGCAAACGUUAGUUUUCUUUUUAUUUGUAUCAUUUCUAAUUUUCUUUGGUCUGUUACAAACAUUGUAAAACUUCUGUAUGGAUUCGAUAAAUCAAUAAGCAAUAUAAAAUAUCAAUAUUCUAGUAGAAAAUAACGCGAUCAAUAUUUAGUAUUCAAAAUAUCGACAUUGCUAUUACGAGUGAAAAUAAUCGGCUUGGAAGGAAUCUGCGCGGUUUACCAGUGAAACGAACACUCGUCAUAUAAGACAUACUUUCGUACGCAGCCGUCAGUUUGAAAGUAUCAGCUAUCGUGUAUAGAAUCCGUACAAAUUCGUGUGUGGGAGAGAUCAAUAUGAAAUCGAAACUCUGUUUCGUGCUAAUUACGUUACUGACCAUUUCCGCAAGUAACACAGUGGAGGAAGAACAUUCCGAAGAUGUUCCUUGUACAGAUAACAACAAAUUUUAUCGGAAUCCCAAAACACCGUCGCAUAGCGUUUGGGCACCCACGGAAUGUGCCAAAUAUUUCCUUUGUUUAGAUAAUGAAGUGUUCGAAUUCAAGUGCUCGCAAGGACUCCUUUUUGACAUUUCCAGACAGAUUUGCGAUUUUAAAACAAACGUCGAUAAUUGUGAUAUAACUUCCGAUACUCAACCAGAGAAAUCAUUGCUCAAGAAUAGUGAGUGUAACGAGAAAAGUUUGGUAUGCGGAGAUGGUAUGUGCCUUCCGGCUCUGUACUUUUGCGACGGGAGCGUCGAUUGUUCCGACGGUUCUGACGAAGGAUGGUGCGACAUGCAACACGAUGCGAACGCAGCGCCGGAUUGCGACACACAGAAGUGCAAACUGCCAAAUUGUUGGUGUUCCAAGGAUGGAACCCGAAUUCCGGAAAAUCUCAGUGCAUCUGUGGUUCCACAAAUGAUAACAAUCACUUUUGAUGACGCUAUAAAUGCGGAAAAUUUCGACUUCUAUUCAAGAAUUUUUACGGAUGACAGAAAAAAUCCCAAUGGCUGUCCUAUAAAAGGUACUUUUUACAUUAGUCAUCAAUACACAAAUUACAGGAAUGUGCAAUAUUUGUGGAAUACCGGCCACGAGAUAGCUGCACACUCAGUUACGCAUCGUGGACCGAAAGAGUGGUGGUCGAAGAAUGCAACAAUCGAAGACUGGUUCGACGAGAUGGUUGGAAUAGCGAACAUUAUCAAGAAAUAUGCAGCGGUUCGUAUCGACGAUAUCAAAGGAUUAAGAGCCCCUUUUUUACAAAUCGGAUGGAACCGCCAAUUUCUGAUGAUGUCUGAAUUUGGUUUCGUUUAUGAUUCCUCGAUUGUCGCACCAUUCUCUGAUCCACCUCUGUGGCCCUACACGCUCGAUUAUAGGCCGCCGCAUCCGUGCGUUUACGCGGAACAAUUGUGCCCAACCCGUUCUUAUCCGAACAUCUGGGAACUGCCUCUAAAUCAGUUUUUGGUGAACGAAUAUACUUGCGCCACUAUAGACAGGUGUCCUUCUUCUUUAUCUGGAGAAAAGGUUUAUGAAAUGCUUAUGCUGAAUUUUAAAAGGCAUUAUCUCACCAAUCGUGCACCUUUCGGCUUACACCUUCACGCAUCAUGGUUUCGAAAUCCAACAUACUUUUAUGCUUUUAAUAAAUUCAUCGACGAUCUACUCCGAUUGGAUGAUGUAUUUUUUGUCACAAACCACCAGAUUAUAGAAUGGAUGCGCAAGCCAACAUCCCUUAACGACAUCGAAAAGUUUGCACCUUGGCAAUGUACAAAACGACAUUUUGAGUCAUUUGAAAUCGCCUGCGAUUUGCCGAAUAGUUGCAAAUUAUCUAGUAAAGUGCUCAAGUCGCAUAGAUAUUUAUAUACGUGUUUUGAAUGCCCGAAACAAUACCCGUGGUUGAGAAAUGAAUUCGGACUCUAGUGAAAAUGUUAAAAGCACAUCUUAUAUCGCUUAUGUAUCAUUGAAAUGAUUAUAUAGUAUUUUAUUUAUA